GCGAAUGAUUUGAAGUUCUUUGGUUGUUGCUGUGUAAGAUAUAUCGUGUAGCGUGUCGUAAAUUUCGAGUGUGUAUAUUUGUUGUGCUCUUCUUGCUACUUGUUAAGAGAAACUAUUCGAUUAGCAUUACAGUAAACAAAGAUGAUGCAAAUUCACGUUCGCGGUGUGUCUAACCACGUUGUUGAGUGUGACGGAAGUGAAUCCAUCGCACAGAUCAAGGAUCACCUCUGUCACCUAGAAGGUGUAGAGAAUGUUGGUGAUACUUUCUUGUACUGUGCUGGAUCUCCAUUAGCAGAUGAUGUUACAGUGUCUGCACUGCCAUCCCUUGAAUUAGAUUUCACUGUUAGCUUAAAAGGAGGAAAGGUCCAUGGAUCCUUAGCUCGAGCAGGGAAGGUUAAGGGUCAGACACCAAAGGUAGAGAAGCAAGAAAAGAAAAAGAAGAAGACUGGCCGAGCCAAAAGAAGAAUCCAAUAUAAUCGUCGGUUUGUCAAUAUUGUACAGACAUUUGGUCGUAGAAAGGGACCUAAUUCUAACUCUUAAAUUUCUAGAAUGGGAAGUGCAAUUUGAUUUUCAUGUAAAAAUGCUUGGAUUGAUGGUGAUAAGUGUGGGGGAGUUCCGUUACCAAACAUUGCCAUCUUGUAAUGUACAGAUUUUUGUGUAUCAAUAAACAAAUUAUUUGAUGUUAAA